AGCCGCCGCGGGAGGCAGAUGCCUGUAGAGACUUCGUUGGUUCGCCUCAGACCUAUGUGACUCUGGGGGAAGGAUCAUGACUGAAGUCCUUCUCUCUGCUGCUCUGAAUGGAACUGAACCCAACCUGUUAUCCAGCAGCGGCUGGUCUGUGGGAAACGUCACCACCAAGUGUUCUCUGACCAAAACUGGCUUCCAGUUCUAUUACCUGCCCACCGUCUACAUUCUGGUCUUCAUCACUGGGUUUUUGGGCAACAGUGUGGCCAUCUGGAUGUUUGUCUUCCACAUGAGGCCUUGGAGCGGCAUCUCGGUUUACAUGUUCAACCUGGCAUUAGCCGAUUUCUUGUAUGUCUUGACUCUGCCCGCCCUCAUCUUUUACUACUUCAACAAAACAGACUGGAUCUUCGGAGAUAUCAUGUGCAAGCUGCAGAGGUUCAUCUUUCACGUGAACCUGUAUGGCAGUAUUCUGUUCCUGACCUGCAUCAGCGUGCACAGGUACACGGGAGUGGUGCACCCCCUGAAGUCCCUGGGGAGGCUGAAGAAGAAGAACGCCGUGUACAUCAGCAGCCUGGUCUGGGUCCUUGUGGUGGCCGCCAUUUCUCCGAUACUCUUCUACUCGGGAACGGGGAUAAGGAAAAAUAAAACCAUAACGUGCUAUGACACAACGGCCGACGAUUACCUGCGAAGUUACUUCAUUUACAGCAUGUGCACCACAGUGCUGAUGUUCUGCAUCCCCUUCAUAGUGAUUCUUGGUUGCUAUGGGCUCAUCGUGAAAGCUUUGAUUUACAAAGAUUUGGACAAUUCUCCUCUCAGGAGAAAGUCUAUUUACCUGGUUAUUAUCGUGUUGACGGUCUUUGCCGUGUCCUACCUUCCCUUCCACGUGAUGAAGACCUUAAAUCUAAGGGCCAGGGUGGAUUUUCAGACUCCAGACAUGUGUGCCUUCAACGAUAAGGUUUAUGCCACUUACCAAGUGACGAGGGGCCUGGCCAGCCUCAACAGCUGCGUCGACCCCAUCCUUUACUUCCUGGCAGGUGACACCUUCCGAAGGCGGCUUUCCAGGGCCACCAGGAAAUCGUCCAGAAGGAGCGAACACAACGUGCAGUCCAAAAGCGAGGAAAUGACUCUCAAUAUUUUAGCAGAGUAUAAACAGAAUGGAGAUACCAGUUUGUGAACAAAUGUGGAAGAUUUGGGAGCAGUUUGAAAAAAUCCUCCGCUUUGAGGCAGUAGGAGACUGUAGGGCUACAAGUGUGUGAGGAAAAUCUACCAGUCUCAAAUUCCUUUUAGGUAAAGCCUCAUUUUCUGAUCUUAGAAAAAGCUUAACAAAGUCAGUGGAAGGAUUCUAAUGGAAAAUAAUGUGUCAAAAUUCAGCUUUCCUUCAAUAGUCUCAUUUCUUUCUGACUUGUGUCAGAUAAAGUAAAAUGAAGUAAAUCCCCUAAAGGAGGAAAGCAAUCCAAGUGCUUCUAGUUUAAUGACUUAGUCUCCCACGUUCAAAAAUGUUCUCAGUCAGCCUGUCUUUAAAAA